GUCGGAAAGGCGCCACGUCCGGAUCCCGCCAUUUUCCGUCGUCUGAGUUCUCCGACUUGCCUUUGCCCCUCUGCCGUCCUUUCUUGACUCUCCUCGUGAAUCUUGUGGCCCAAUCUUUUCACUCUUUCCGGAACCGAAGGAAUCGAUCCUUGGGGGUGGAAAGCUUCCGCCUCCCAUUCUUCGACCCUGAAGUGUAAGUUUUUCUGAUUCGCCAAUUUGUGCGGUUGAAGGAUUCGGGAGUUCGAUGCCUUUUCGUCUAUUAGUACUGCGUUUGGUCAAAUAGCAAUCAUUUAUCCUUGAGGACUAGAUAAGAAUGUUUUAUGAUCCAUUUCUCGGGAUCCCGGUCUUCAUCUUCAACGUGAAAUAAGCUAUCAAACGGUUUAUGGAAGGGUAAACUUGCUGGUCUGGUCGACAAUUGGAAGUCAUGGAUGGUUCUACCGAUUUCUCUUUUUGUCAGGUUGCUUUUGCGGGUGAUACGGAUCAAUUAGAGUCACCAAAGUUCAUGGGUGACAGAAGUAAAGAUCAUGAAGAUAUUUUUAGAGAUUUUGGUUCUGGUCCAGCACCGUUGUUGUCACUUAAAUUUAACUCAGAUGCAGGCACUAACGUAUUUCAGUCACAGAAUUCCAAUUUGAUAAUGGAGGGUUCACACCAGCGUCAAUCUGAGUCGUCUGCAGGGUUUGGUUCAUCAACCGUGAAAGUAAUUGGUGAACAAAGUCUUAAGGCAAAAGAAUCUGAAGCAAAGGUGAUAAAUGAACUGGGAACUUCCAUCUCCAAUAAUUUGCAAGUUGAUGAGAGGAAGAAAAAACCAGUUCAGCGAGCAAAGGUCCCUUUUGAGAAAGGAUUCAGCCAAAUGGACUGGUUAAAGCUGACAAGGACGCACCCUGAUUUAGCAGAUUUAAAGGGACAAUCGAGCAGAAGACUCAUCACCAUGGAUGAAGUUAAGCAGCAUAACAGUGAAGGCUCUAUGUGGACAGUUUUGAAAGGCCGUGUAUACAACAUUUCACCAUACAUGAAAUAUCACCCUGGAGGUGCAGAUAUGCUUAUGAAAGCUGGAGGGAGAGAUGGCACCUCUUUAUUCAACAAGUAUCAUGCUUGGGUGAAUGCUGAUUUUUUAUUGGAGAAAUGCUUGGUGGGCUUCCUGGAUGUUAGCUGACAAUGCAGGCUCUGAGAAGCUUGUUUUUGUAUGCAUACAGCUGGAUGACAUAUAGCACGCCUUCUGGAUCAACCACAUACAAGAAUCCAUAUCGUCAAUAAGAAGCAUUGUUACUGGAACCUUGAACUCGUAAUUGCCAUCUAAUUGUAGAAAUAAUUAUGGGAUAUCAAUAAUAUCCCCUCAAAUGUAGAACUUUGACAUUUGAUAUCUUCUGUGUAAUGGAAUGGAAUUUGGAAGUAACUUCUUGUUCUUUCCUA